AUGACGAGUCAGCCAAAUAUUCUAGCAACCCCAAGCUCCAGCCAUGCUCGCCCUGAGCUUGGGCCAACCCUCUUUAAAGUCUCUCCUAUGGACACCAUCAACUUUCAACUUCUAAAGCCUAUUCUUCUAAACAGGAAAAAAAGUAAUUUAACAUUAAUAAAAGCAAAAUACGAGCAAGUAGCAACAAGAAAAACACAAAGUAACAAUUACGGACCAGAAUUGGGAGGCACGAAGUUCACCGACUCACCAGUGAUAGAGCUCCCGGUUCGAACCGCCGUCCUUUCCCUCCAACAGGACAACGGCUCCCUCCACGUCGGCACCUCCGUCUGGCCCUGUUCCCUGGUCCUCGUCAAAUUCGCCGAGCGCUGGGCCCCACCCAGCCCCGAUGCCCAAAACCCCUACGCCAACCUCCUCGACUUCCACGGCAAGCGAGCCGUGGAGCUCGGCGCCGGCUGCGGAGCCGCCGGCAUGGGCCUUUAUCUGCUCGGCUUGACCGACCUCGUCCUUACCGAUAUUCCCGCGGUCAUGCCCGCAUUGAAGCACAACCUCAAGCGCAACAAGCCCGUCCUGGGGAAGACGCUCAAGCACGCCAUCGUGCACUGGAACAAGGCGGCGGAUCAGGCCAAGUCCCUGAGCCCUCCGUACGACGUCGUCGUGGCGACGGACGUCGUUUACAUAGAGGAGACUGUGGGCCCGCUCGUGUCCACCAUGGAGGCUCUGGUGAAGGACGACGGCGUCGUUUUGCUCGGGUACCAGUUGAGGUCUCCGGAAGCACACCAACUGUUCUGGGAAAUGUGUGAGAGGGUUUUUGUGAUAGAGAAAGUUCCGCACCAGGAUUUGCACCCGGAUUAUGCGUACGAAGAGGCUGAUGUGUUUGUCUUGCGCAAGAAACAAAAAGGAGGGCUGACUCAGGAUGCUGCUCCCGAUUCUCUGUGA